GUAGAUCUGACACACAUGCCAGCAGUCUACAAUACGCUCGCGCUGCCUUUCACUAUUGACUGACACACACCGACUCACAGUGCCUGUCCCUUCAGUCCUAUACCAUCAUCAAGGCAAAGAUUUGACAUGAGUGAGGAGACUAGAGUGUGGGCAUAGCUAUUCAGCAAGGCGGACGGGAUAAAAGGAGCAAGAUAUAUAUCACCAUCCCAGCGUACACACUCCCACGGGGAAGAAUAUGGGAGAAUCUGAGGAUGAGAAGAACAUGGCAGGACGGCUGUUUGAGAACUUUGUCCAGGCCUCUGACUGUAAGAGCACCCUACAGGCCUUCAACAUCAUGUGCAGUUACCUGGAGCUGGACCCUCUGGAACACAGCACCUUCUACAGCAGUCUGAAGAGCAUGGUGACUUGCUGGAAGGCCAAAGCACUUUGGAGCAAGCUGGAUAAGAGAGCCAGCCACAAAGAGUACAAGAAAGGCAAAGCCUGUGAGGGCACUAAGUGCUUGAUAAUUGGAGGGGGCCCCUGUGGCUUGCGGACUGCGAUCGAGUUGGCUCUCCUCGGAGUCAAGGUGGUGGUGAUAGAGAAGAGAGAUACAUUCUCCAGGAACAACGUCCUGCAUCUAUGGCCCUUCACGAUUCAUGACCUUAGGGGGUUGGGGGCCAAGAAGUUCUAUGGCAAGUUCUGCGCUGGAGCGAUAGACCAUAUCAGCAUUCGGCAGCUCCAGCUCAUGCUCCUGAAAAUCGCUCUAGUUCUUGGUGUGGAGUUUCAUGUUAAUGUGGAGUUCGUCAAGCUGGUGGAACCUUCAGAGGACCAAGAGAAUGAGGGGUCAGGCUGGAGGGCAGAGAUCCGACCUGCUGAUCACCCUGUGGCUGACUUUGACUUUGAUGUGGUGGUGGGAGCUGAUGGGAGACGGAACUCUUUAGAAGGGUUCAGGAGGAAGGAAUUUCGUGGCAAACUGGCCAUUGCCAUUACGGCAAACUUCAUCAACAGGAACACUACAGCUGAGGUAAAGGUUGAGGAGAUAAGUGGAGUCGCCUUCAUCUUCAAUCAGAAAUUCUUUCAGGAUCUCAAACAGGAGACUGGCAUUGAUCUAGAGAAUAUUGUGUACUACAAAGACAACACACACUACUUUGUCAUGACGGCUAAGAAACAGAGCCUGCUGGACAAGGGUGUCAUCAUUCAUGAUUAUAUCGACACUGAAGCACUGCUGAACAAUGAGAACGUGAACCAAGAGGCUUUGUUGGCAUAUGCUCAAGAGGCUGCCGACUACGCCACCCACUACCAGCUGCCCACACUGGACUAUGCCAUGAACCACUGCGGUCAGUCUGAUGUGGCCAUGUUCGAUUUCACAAGUAUGCAUGCGUCAGAGAAUGCCGCUCUGGUCAGAGAGAGGUUUGGUCAUAAUUUACUGGUGGCAUUAGUGGGAGACAGCCUUUUAGAGCCCUUCUGGCCUAUGGGAACAGGCUGUGCCCGCGGCUUUCUGGCUGCUUUUGACACAGCUUGGAUGGUGAAAAGUUGGGCACAGGGUGGAAGUCCACUCGAGGUAUUGGCGGAGAGAGAGAGCCUGUACCGAUUGCUACCUCAGACAACACCUGAAAACAUUGGCAAAAACUUCGAUUUGUACACCAUAGAUCCAGGAACACGCUAUCCAAACCUCAACUCUAACUGUGUGAGGCCACACCAGGUCCGUAACAACUAUAUCUGUGGAGAGAUGAAGUUGUGCUCUCUGGAACGAGCCGCCACGAUACGCCGCCCUGUUAACUUGGCCAGGCGAGAGUCUGAGAUUAGGCCCAGUCGGUUACUGACGUGGUGUCAGAAGCAGACGGAGGGCUACAGGGGUGUGAGUGUGACUGACCUCACUUCCUGUUGGAGCAGUGGUUUGGCUCUCUGCGCUCUCAUUCAUCACUUCAGACCUCAACUCAUCGAUUACGACUCUCUGAAUGAGCAAGACUGUGCCAAAAACCUGCAGCUGGCAUUUGAUGUGGCAGAGAAAGAGUUUGGCAUCAAGCCUUUCAUCACAGGGAAAGAACUGUCGUCAGGUCAGGAGCCAGACAAGACCAGCAUGGUGAACUACCUCUCCAAGUUCUACGAGCUCUUCCGGGGAACGCCUCUACCUCCCUCAGAUUCAAAGCGAGAGGGAGAUGCAAAUAGGGAGAAAUGUCUAUCGAAUUCUCCCAGACCUGUUUACAAGUCACUGAGUUCACUUCAGCCUCGAAAACGCAUACCCAAGAAUGACAAAAAGGUUGAAGACAAUGAUGCCAUCUUCAAGAGAAGACGAACAUUUUACUACUUAGAAGAGACUACCAAGUCAUCCAAUCAGAGCUCUAUAGCCAGUGAGGUGCGGGAACUGAAGGAAAACAAGGUCAAGUUUAUGGCCACUCAACUACUGGCAAAGUUUGAAGACAGCAGAGCAAGUUGCUCUCUUCGCAGACAGUCUGAUUCUAAUGACGAGAGGCCUUCGAGACCUCCAUCACUUGAUAUGACUGACAGCCCUCUGUUUAACAUUAUCAGGAAGAAAAUUUCUCCACCCCCACCCCCUAUAAAACAGUUUCCAUCCGUUGCCUGUAUACAACACAAUGAGGAAUGCUUGGCUCCUCUCUUCCUCUCGCUUCAUUCCAGUCCUCUGAAUUCACAGAGGAAACCAAACCACCCAUCCCACACACACACUCACACUCAGUCAGAGGCUAAGAACACAGGAUGUGCUGCCACCUGCCACUCAGCAGUGUUGGCCAUGACUGCAAUGCUCCAGCGCCUCCAGAAGUUGGAAAAUAAGAUUAGCCAGAGGAAAGCCCAGACUCAAAAUGCCAGAGAGUUUCAUAAAAAAAGCAUAAAGGAGAAAGCUGUCUAUUUGAGCACUCUGUUCUCUGGUGAGGCUAGCACCAUCUUGAUUGUACCUUCCCUGAGAAGAGAAUUUCCUCAGAUUCUGGGGGAUGUGUGUCAUGCAUGUAAGAAGCGGGUGUUUGUAGUGGAGAAGCUCAGUGCAGAGGGACUCCACUUCCACAGAGAAUGUUUCCGCUGUGAUACCUGCCGAGCUCCACUAUGUCUGGGAGGACAUUUCUUCGACUCAGAAGAAGGAAAGUUGUAUUGUAAACUCCACUUUGCUCAACGGAAAUCCAUAGUGAAGAAUGGAAGGCCACCAAAUCUACAUACGAUAUGUGAUGACGGAGUUCACAACAGCCCUAGCUGGACUCCAGAGGAACAUGAGCACUGUCUCCAGAGCGAGUCUCCAGGUAUCCUGUCCUCUCUGCUGAAGAAAAGCCUGCAAUGGCCGCUGCACGUGAGCCAGACUGUGUGUGCUGUGCCACAGCAUGUGUGUAACUGGCUGCAUGGUAAACUGUGGGCUGCCGGGCGCCACCUGAGAGAUAACGCAGAGGAUUACGCCUUCCUGUACGAGCUGCUCAGUGUGAGUCUGCCUCUGCUCGGAGUUCUCCAUGAACUGCUGCUCCAAAUGUACGCAGAUGCCGAACCGUUCGACCUACAGCCUCUACUGCAUUGGCUGGAAGAGCACCUUGGCCACUGGGCAUUAGUGUAGGAGAAACUUCAGACCAACGUCACAUUAUGUCCCUUUAAAAGGGUUAACAUGUGUACAGCAGUGCCUUUGGCCUUCAAGGCAAAAUGUAUUGCUCUGCCCAGCUGUAUACGACAGCUUUGAACAGACCUGAAAGAUACAGAUAGCAAUAUCUUGAGGAAGAAAGUAGCGGAAUUCUUUAACGUUUCUGGAACAAAAAGGUGUGAGCUUGAGAUAACGGCGCAUUCACUUAUUCAGCGAGAAUGGAAAUCAAACAGCUUUAAUUAUAUCAAUUGUACAAGCAAGAUGUACAAAUUACCAAAGCCUUUCUCAGGUUACAAAGGUGUGUGUUUUAUCAUGGUUAAAAAGGGAGUGUAAAACAAAAACUGAACUUUAAGCACUUUAAUGAGCGAGCUGCCUUCAUACAGUAUGCACGAUUACAAGUGACAUUCUACUUUUAAUUAUUAAUGAACAUUUUGUUGAUACUGCAAGUAUAUAAAACCUGACUGAUCAAUCUGAAAACAUGUCUCAUCUACUCUGUUAACCAUUUGUGAACAUGGAAGCCACGUUCUUAAAUGUUUACACUUUCUAUGAAAAUCACACAGCUGUAAAAGACUGUUUGUGAUCUUACACAAUAGCUGAGUCUGGAAGCUGUAAAAUGCUGCCUUCAGAGCCUGCAUACGGAGGUAUAAAGGCAUCACGGCACAUUUUAAUCCCAUGCUUGCAUCACAUCCUGUCUACUCAGAUGCCUUCAUCUGGUCAGAUUUUGAAGGCAGCAUAAAUGAAAUCUUUGCUGUCUCUGAUAUCACUAAAUCCUGUACGUGCAAUUUGCUGGUUGGUUGAAAGGAUAAACAUGGUGUCUGAAGCAAUUUAAAGCAGUAAUUAGUUUAUAAAUAUCUCAUUUUUCUUUUUUUCAACUUCUACCGAGAAAUAAUGCUGCCUAUGAAGUCAAUAACUGACUGGGCAGUCAGGUAGUUAGGCAGCUGUCUUAAAAGAACAUUCAGGGUUCAAUACAAGUUAAGAUCAAUCGACAGCAUUUGUGGCAUAAUGUUGAUUACCACAAAAAUGAAUUUUGACUUAUCCCUUCUUUUCUUUAAAAAAAAAAGAAGCUAAUUCUGAGUUGUAAUGAGGCACUUACAAUGGAAGUGAAUAGGACCAAUCUGUAAACGUUAAAAUACUCACUGUUAUAAAAGUAUAGCCACAAGACAAUGUGUUAUAGACUAUUUUACAACUUUGUUGCUAUGACUACAUAACACUGUAAACUCUAAAGUAAACCUUAAAGUAAAACCUUACAGUAAAAAUGAUGAUUUAAACAACUUUACAGCUCAAAUAAUGCAAAAGUUUUAACAGAAGAAUUAAUGUAAUUGCUUUUGUAAAAUUAUAAGCUUCACAUUUCUUCUUUUAAACCCUCCAAAAAUGGGACCUAUUCACUUCCAUUGUAAGUGCCUCAAUGUAACCAAGUUUUUUGCUUUUUUUUAAAGAAGAGGCGGGAUGAGUCCAACCAAUUUUUUUGUGGUAAUGAACAUUAUGCCACAAAUUCUAUAGAUUGAGCUUUACUUGUAUUGAACCCGGAACAUUCCUUUAAAGGCCAAAUUCUAAUUUUUCUGCAUGUAGCUACGUGUCGCGCACAUUGCGUAUUAUGCAAAUUCUGUCACCAGGACAUUGUGCGCGGACUGUCUGUGUGCACCCCAGUUUGUCUAGACACACAGACAGUCUUGAUGAUGAAAUUGGCAUCAUGCGCACUGAGCGUGAGACAUAGUGGCACACGGAAAACCAAAGUAUGCUUAGGCCUUUAGCUUUUGGAGGCAGCCUAUGUCCUAGUCAAGCGUCAUGUGACAAGUUUCAACAGAAUCAAAGCCAAUCAGAACAUGUUUUUUAUCAUAUACUGUAAUGUUAAGCAGGAAUUUGGAACAAUGAGAUUUCGCCGCAGUGGGCGGUGAUACCCAGCGCAACAGUGGCAAAAUAAAAACCAAGUGACCGACAAAAUGUCUUGCCAUUGUUGCUUGUUGUGGCUGGUUGGGACAAAAAUCGAAGAGAUUGUUUUAUUACUUGUCGCUUUAUCGUGUCGUACCUGGUUAGGGCACAGUGACGUCUGUAUGGUGUAUAAUGUAACGAAAAUGUAACAUACUUUCUACAUAUUUACAUAGUUCUUUUUGGGACCCAUAGAAGUUCUAAAUGCACACAGAUUGGUGCCGUCUAUUAAACAAUACUCCACACUAAUCCGUUUUUCGAAAAUUAACCAACACUGAAUGACUUGCCUUGGUUUUUAGUGUGGAUUUUAUGGUUACAGAUAUUUUCAAACUUAAUCUGAGUAUAGUUGAGCUAAACCAUCUGUCACAGGACAGAUCACAGUCUCAGUGACUACACUUUUGACAAAGUGUAUUUACUGCUUUUUUCCUUUUCACAGCAGUGCAGUAGUAAAUGAACAAAUUUACACUGUGAAAACCCAGCCAUACUCAAACUUUUGCUUAAAUAAAAGAGCUUUUUUGCACUUUAAAUAUGAAUAGUGCAGAACACAGAAACACUUUUUUGCAGUCUUGCAUUUGCGUUCCCUUUCAUUUGAUUCACUGGACCAUAACCAUGUUUUCUUUUGAUGUCAUUUGCUACCUAUAAUGUGCUGCCUGAGGGUCGGGUAAUACUGUACUUCUGCAAUUUAAAGUUCCUUAGUGCACUUAAAAUGCACUGGUUGUUAGUAAUACACAGUGCUAGACACAUCCGGAUGGUUUUAUACAAAAUCUGUCCUUUUUAAUGACACUGGAACGCAUCCUGCUCCGAAUUACUGAGUCUAUUCAGUGGUAUGAAUGGUAAUUUCAGAUUAAUCUUUAAAUGGCAUGCAUGAAAAUAAAUGCACAGCAUGUCAGCAUGCAUUUUCCUGCAUUAGCAGCUCCUGUUUCAGAACACUUUGUUUACAGGCUUCAUUAUGAUGCUUUUUAUUCACUUUUUUGCUCAAUACAUUUAUAUUUCUCCUUUCUUAUUCACUCUUAGUCCUUUUCAACUUGUCCACUGUGUCUCCACCUGACAUGCUCUGAGCCAUGCUGAUUGGAAGGUGAUCAUCUGCAUGCUUGCACUUGCUGUACCCUUUUGCAAAAAACAGCAUGGCACUAACCAGCAUAAACCAGCCUGGUCUUAACUGGUCAUUUCUGCAGGAUAGCCUCUUUCAACUUCUGUGGCCUUGCACUUAAAUUCUUAAGUUCUUAAUAUCAGAAUGCUACGUGUGGACUUCCACUCAAGUGUAUCACAGCUUUGGAAAUGCACGGUGCAUGACACUGCUUUUAUCUGCAUGUCACGACUGACAUGUUUCUCUUUUCUUUCUUUGAGCACUGCUAAUCAUUUGCUCAUGCAGUUUCUUCCCUUUCUUCCUUUCUGUUUCAGUGGUGGCUUACAUUUCAGAAUCUGACAUGAAGGCGCCUCUGUGCCUCUAUGAAUUCAGGGGUCAUUACUACCAUAGAUGACCUUCAAUUACCGUAGCACCUUUUAUUUGACAUGUUUUAAAACUGUUUGAAGAGACU